AUGCCGGACCUCUCAGCCUGGGCCCUUCCUCGGCUCAGCCAGCUGAUCCCGCUGGAUGAAGAGUCGCUGAAGCAAAUUGUCGACUAUUCAGCCUCCCUCUCUAAAGACGCCUGCGCCGAACACCUGAAAAACCUCCUCGGCGACUCCCCCGCGGCCCUCGAAUUCAUCACCUCCUUCAACGCGCGUCGCAAUGACGGACCCGCUGCAGCAUCCUCUGCUCAGAGCUAUCAUUCAGCAGCUACGAAUACGCAAGACCGACCGAAAGGGAAAAGCAAAAAGGAGAAGAAGCCGUUGCACAGUGCUGGUCCCCCACGCCGCCCUGAGAACUAUGGCGAUGUGGGCGGAGGCUACAUGAAGUCCCAGCAGGGAGAGGAUUAUAUGUCUGCCAGCAAACCUACGGCACAUUCAUCUGUGCUUUCUGCGCCUGGAUCCUCUGCCUCUUCUCGUGCCCAUUCACCAAAACCCGCGGCCCCCUCGAAACCGCCUCCCUCUGCCUCGGGCCCCGUCCUGUCGGAUAUGCUACCAAAUGUGCGAUCGAAAACAAGCAAGCCGAGUCGACAUGGAGGAGUUGGCGGUAAUUCAGGAAGCCCCUCGAAAUCAGGCGGAUCCCUUACCACCAACAAUAUCUCCGAUCUAACGGCCGCAAUUGCCAUGCUAGAAGUUUCCACUAACCCAACCCUGGGCUCAGAGAAGCGCAAAUGCAACUGCUAUGCUACGAUUCACCCAUUAUUCGAUCCUGCCCCGAAUUGUGUUAAUUGCGGCAAAAUUAUCUGUUCGCUGGAAGGUCUCCAACCCUGCUCAUUCUGUGGGACAUCCCUUCUCUCUGCGGAGGAGAUCCAGAGUAUGAUCAAGGAAUUGCGUGCGGAGCGCGGGCAAGAAAAAAUGCGCGCUCAUAAUGAAAGUGUCCACCACGAGGGCGGUCCAAGACCGACGGGCUCUGGACCCGCCACACCAAGCAAGUUGGAUGCGGCGAGGGCUCACCGGGACAAGCUUCUCCAGUUCCAAGCCCAGAAUGCCCGUCGAACCAAGGUUGUGGACGAGGCUGCCGACUUUGAGACACCAAAUGUGGCCUCAACCCUAUGGAUGAGUCCCGCGCAGCGAGCGCUCGCCUUGAAAAAGCAGCAGCGCAUCCAAAGAGAAAUAGAGGAGAAGGCUCGCCCGGAAUGGGAGAAGAAAAAGACCGUCAUGAGCCUUGAUAUCAAGGGCGGCAAAGUUCGACGGGUAUACCAAACCGCGGCUGUCGAAUCUACUCCGGCAGCUAGUGAGCCAGAGCCCGACGAUGCUGCCGAGCCCGAGGAAGCAUCGUCGAAAGGACACGCGUUUAGUCACAAUCCCCUGCUUGCAGCGGGAGGGCUGAUGCGUCCAGUCUGGCGCGCUCCCGAAGGCAAAAGUACCGAACCUGCGGAUCGGGCAGAACGGAAGCAAACGUGGCGUCGUGUGCAGGAUGACAAUGACGAUAACGAGCAAUGGAUUCUGGAUGGUGGGUUGCAUGGACACGACGAGACGGUUUGA